CCCGGGCUGAACCGCUGCUGCUCCCCAGCGCGGUGUGGGGAGAGACCUGCAUUAACCCCCCUCUCUGCCCAGCCAGGGGGGACUUUCUGCCCCUGGCAGCCCCGGGCUCUGCCGACACCAGCCCCAGAGCCGGAGCCUGCAGAUCUCUCUGAUGGAGCCAGGGGAGGAGCCGGGCCCCUUGGAUGCAGAGGAAGGGGAGAUCAUGAGAGGCGCCUGCACAGAGGAUGGGAUGGUGAAGAUAAAGGAGGAGAAUUGUCUGGAGGAAGCAGCAUCACAUGGGAGUUUAUUGGGAAUGUUGGCAGGGAAAGUUUCCUCAAGUCCUGAUCAGGUGACGGCAUGUGACUCUCAAUGCAUAUCAGACAGUCAGGAAAAAAAUCCUGGAGAGACAUCACAGAGUAAAGCCACUUCCACUGGCAGAGCUCUCAGGAAAACUAAAAAUAACAAAGCCCAUCACAGAAUUAACACUGCAGAGAAACCCUAUAACUGCCCUGAGUGUGGCCAAAGCUUCAAUGUGAGCUCAGACCUUGCUGUGCAUCAGACAAUCCACACUGAUGAGAGACCCUAUAAAUGCAUGGAGUGUGGGGAAAUCUUCAAUCAGAAAUCAAUCCUUGUUACUCACCAGAGAAUCCACACUGGAGAGAAGCCCUAUAAGUGCCCCGACUGCGGGAAAAGCUUCCGUCAGAACUCAACACUUAGGACACAUGAAAAAAUCCACAGGGCAGAGAAACCCUAUGAGUGCCUACAAUGUGGGAAAAGCUUCCGAGUGCGCUCCUACCUUCUUAUGCACGAGAGGACCCACACUAUAGAUAAACCCUUCAAAUGCUCUGACUGUGGGAAAAGCUUCUGUGCAAGCUCUGACCUUAUGAAACAUCAGAGAACCCACACAGGAGAGAGACCCUAUAAAUGCCCCGACUGUGGGAAAAGCUUCAGUGAUUGCUCAGCCUUUAUAAAACACAAGAAAAUCCAUGUGGCAGAGAAGCCCUAUAACUGUACUGACUGUGGGAAAAGCUUCCGUGUGAUUUCAGCCCUUACUGUACAUCAGGCAAUCCACUCGGGAGAGAGACCCUACAAGUGCCCUGACUGUGGGAAAAGCUUCAUCCUGCGCUCAUGCCUUGUUCGACAUCAGAGAAUCCACACUGGUGCUAAACCUUAUAAAUGCCUCGACUGUGGGAAAAGCUUCCGUCUGAGCUCAACCCUUUGUACUCAUCGGAAAAUCCAUACAGCAGAGAAACCCUAUGAGUGCCUCAAAUGUGGGAAAAGAUUCCGAGUGAGCUCCUACCUUCUUACACAUGAGAGGAUACACACUGUAGAUAAACCUUAUAAAUGCCCCGACUGUGGGAAAGGCUUCAAUGCAAGGUCCUACCUUAUCAAACAUCAAAGAAUCCACACGGGAGAGAGACCCUUUAAAUGCCUUGAGUGCGGGAAAAGCUUCAAUCGCAGAUCAACUCUUAUCACGCAUCAGAGAAUCCACACUGGAGAGAAGCCCUAUAAAUGUCCCGACUGUGGGAAAAGCUUCAGUGUGAACUCAGACCUCAUUGUACAUCAGAGACUCCACUCGGGAGAAAGACCCUAUAAAUGCCUUGACUGUGGUAAAACUUUCCGUCUGAGCUCACACCUUACUAGACAUCAGAGAAGCCACACUGGUGAGCGACCAUAUAAAUGCCUGGUCUGUGGGGAAAACUUCAGUGACUGCUCAGGACUUAUUAAACAUAAAAGAAACCACACAGGAGAAGAACCUUAUAAAUGCCCUGAGUGUGGGAAAACCUUUAGUGUGAAUUCAGCCCUUAUUGUACAUCAAAGAACCCACACAGGAGAGAGACCCUAUAAAUGCCUCGUCUGUGGGAAAAGUUUCAGUGACCGCUCAGGCCUCAUUAAACACAGGAGAAUCCACACAGAAGAGAAACCUUAUAAAUCCCCGGAAUGUGGGAAAAGCUUCAGUGACAGUUCAAGCCUUAUUAAACAUAAGAUAAUCCACACAGGAGAGAAAAUCUAUAAAUGCCCUGAAUGUGGGAAAAGCUUUAGUCACAGCUCAGCCCUUUUGAAACACCAAAGAAUCCAUACAGGAGAGAGACCCUUUAAAUGCCUCGAAUGUGAGAAAAGGUUCACUGACAGCUCAGCCCUUAGGAGACACCGGCGAAUCCACUCAGAAGACAGGCCCUAUAAAUGCCCCGACUGUGGGGAACGAUUCAGUGUGACCUCAGGCCUUGUUAGACACCAGAAAAUCCACAUUGAGGAGAGACCUUUUAAAUGUAGUGAGUGCGGGAAAAGCUUCCAGUCGAACUCACUUCUUAAAACACAUCAGAGGAUCCAUACGGGAGAAAAACCCUAUAAAUGCCCCGAGUGUGGGAAAAGCUUCCGUCAGAGCUCCCACCUUAUAAGACAUCAGAGGAUCCAUACGGGGGAGAGACCCUUUAAAUGCCUUGAGUGCGGGAAAAGCUUCUGUCAGAGCUCGCACCUUAUCACACAUCAGAGGAUCCACACUGGUGAAAAGCCCCACAAAUGCUCUGACUGUGGGAAAAGCUUCAGCGCAAGCUCAGCCCUGAUUGUACAUCAGACGAUCCACACAGGGGAGAGACCCUACAGAUGCCCUGACUGUGGGAAAAGCCGCCUGAGCUCAACGCUGAGCACCCAUCAGAAAAUCCAUACAGCUGCGAAACCCUGUGAGUGCCUUAAGUGUGGGAAAAGCAUCCGCGUGCACUCCUACCUUCUUAUCCACGAGGCUACCCACACAGGAGAUAAACCCUAUAAAUGCCCCAACUGUGGGAAAAGCUUCAGUGCAACGUCCUACCUUAUUAAACAUCAAAGAAUCCACACAGGAGAGAGACCCUUUAGGUGCCUUGAGUGCGGGAAAAGCUUCAAUCGCAGAUCAAUCCUUCUUACCCAUCACAGAAUCCACACAGGGGAAAGACCCUACAAAUGCCCCGACUGUAGGAAAAGCUUCAGUGUGAACUCAGACCUCACUACACACCAGAGAACCCACACAGGUGAGAGGCCCUUUAAAUGCCCCGACUGCGGGAAAGGCUUCGGUCGGAGCUCGCACCUGGUUGUACAUGAGCGGAUCCACACGGGAGAGAGACCAUACAAGUGUGACGAAUGUGGGAAAAGCUUCCACUGGAGCUCACGCCUUGCCAUUCAUCGGCGAAUCCACACAGGAGAGAAGCCACAUAAGUGUGCCGACUGUGGGAAAGGCUUCAAUUGGCGGGCACAGCUUAUCACACAUCGGAGAUGCCACACGGGAGAGAAACCCUUUACAUGCGAGGACUGCGGGAAAAGCUUCAUGCGGAGCUCCAGCCUUACUGAACACAAGAGAAUACACACGGGAGAGACACCUUACAAAUGCGACUAUUGCGGGGAAAGAUUUGCCUGGAGCUCAGCCCUCGCUGUACACAGGAGAAGCCACGCGGAAGGGGAACCCUAUCGAUGUAAAGAUUGUGGGAAAAGCUUCUGCAUGAGCUCGGAUCUUAGUAAACAUAGAAGAGUGCACACGGGAGAGAGACCCUAUAAAUGCCCCGACUGUGGGAAGAGCUUCAGAGUGAGCUCAAACCUCACGGCACAUCGGAGGAUCCACACCGGAGAGAAACCCUAUAAAUGCCCUAAUUGUGAGCAAAGCUUCCGGCAGAGCUCCACCCUUCUUAAACAUCAGAGACUACACUUGCAAGAGAGGCCCUAUAAAUGCCCUGAGUGCGGGCAAAGCUUCUGUGUCAGCUCAGCCCUGACUGUUCAUCGGAGGAUCCACACAGGAGAGAGACCUUACAGAUGCAAAGGCUGUGGGAAAAGCUUCAGGAACAGCUCAUCCCUUAUGACCCACCAGAGGAUCCACACGGGAGAGAAACCCUAUAAAUGCCCCGACUGCGGGAGGAGUUUCAGCCAGCGCUCAGCCCUAUCUGCACACAGGAGCAUCCACACAGGAGAAAGACCCUAUAAAUGCGACUGUGGGGAAAGCUUCAUUGUGAGUGCUGACCUUCUCAAGCAUCAGAGAAUCCACACGGGAGAGAAACUCUACAAUUGCAAAGACUGUGGGAAAAGCUUCUGUCGGAGCACCAACCUUGCUGCCCACAGGAGGAUCCACAGGGGAGAGAAACCUUAUAAGUGCCCUGACUGUGGGAAAAGCUUCACGGGUAGCUCAACCCUUAUUACGCAUCAGAGACUGCACACGGGAGAGAGACCCUAUAACUGCUCUGAUUGUGGGAAAAGGUUCAGUCAGAGCUCAGCCCUUACUAAGCAUCGGAGAAUCCACACAGGAGAAAGACCCUAUAACUGUUCUGACUGCGGGAAAAGCUUCACCAACAGCUCCCAUCUUAUUAGACAUCAGACAACCCACACUGGAGAGAGACCCUAUAAAUGCCCGGAAUGCGGGAAAAGAUUCAGGCAGAGCUCGGCCCUUGUGAAACAUCGGAGGCUCCACAUGGUAAACACUGUAAAUGUCGACCUUACAGAGAAUGCUCAGACCACCAGUGAAGCCAGGCGGGAUGGGAACCCAUGACGGACCGUGAUUGGAACUCUGCAGCAUUAAAAAAAAUUGCAGUAAACCUCACUGGAGCA